AUGUCUACUAACUCAAUCAAGCUGUUGACUGGUGACGUUCAUCGCAAUUUGGCUGAGCUGGUGUCAAAAAAUUUAGGCCAGAGCCUUUGCAAAGUCAACAUCAACCGUGAAAGCAACCGUGAGGUGUACCUUAAUCUCGGGGAGAGUGUCCGGGACGAGGACGUCUAUAUUAUUUGCCAAAUUGGUUCUGGCGAUGUGAACGAUCGGGUCUUUGAGCUCUUGAUUAUGAUCAACGCUUGUAAGACGGCCUCUGCGCGCCGCAUCACCGCCGUGCUGCCAAACUUCCCGUAUGCCCGACAGGAUCGCAAAGACAAGAGCCGAGCCCCGAUCACCGCCAAACUCAUGGCAAACAUGCUGCAGACAGCCGGCUGCAACCACGUUAUUACGAUGGAUUUGCAUGCAUCUCAAAUCCAGGGCUUCUUCGAUGUGCCUGUGGACAAUCUCUACGCAGAACCCAGCGUUGUCCAGUACCUCAAGACCAACGUCGAUUAUCGCAACUCGAUCAUCGUUUCCCCGGACGCCGGUGGUGCGAAGCGUGCUGCGUCGCUGGCAGACCAGCUUGACCUCAACUUUGCUCUCAUUCACAAGGAGAGAGCCCGUGCCAACGAGGUGUCCAAGAUGGUCUUGGUCGGUGACGUUACGGGCAAAGUUUGCAUCCUUGUGGACGAUAUGGCCGACACCUGCGGCACUCUAGCCAAGGCUGCUGACACUCUUCUCGAUAACGGUGCUGAUUCUGUCAUUGCUAUCGUCACACAUGGCAUUUUGUCCGGCAAGGCCAUCGAGACAAUCAACGGCAGUCGUCUGCACAGUGUUGUCUGCACAAACACUGUACCCAUCGAGGACAAAAUGGAACGCUCGCCCAAGCUCAAACGUUUAGACGUUAGCAAUGUCCUUGCUGAGGCUAUUCGUCGGCUGCACAAUGGUGAGAGCGUCUCAUAUCUGUUCCGCCAUGUGCAAUAA